AGGGGCUGAAAAUUUGUGAAACUUCAGAAUUUCAGAAAGAAAGAACCAGUCAGUCAAUACGACCGUAUUAAAUCUCUGAUGUCGCAGGAACUAAAAAUGUUUUUAAUUAUUUACCAUUAAAUCCGAAAAAUCGAUUGUUGCUGUCAAGUUCAUGCAGUAAUGAGAUAUUGAUUUUUAUUGUGAAAAUGUUCGAGUGGGCUUAUAGUGGUGCUAACAGAGCUGUGCCUAGAAAUGUUGGACCUGAGUGUGCCUAUUAUUUAUCAAUACCGAGACAAAUCAUCGAAUCCAUUAUAGUAGUUUCAAUUUGCAUUUAUAUUAUCAUAAAAUUUUACCCAAAAUUGACAUUACCAGAUGAUUGUAACUUGGCAAGGAGUGACCGCGGGGGCAAGAGGCUGCUUCUCAUUCUUCUGACAUUAUUAUGGGGAAUGGAAAUUGGCUUUAAGUUUGCCUCCAGAACUGUUAUAUAUCUUCUGAACCCCUGCCAUGUGACCACAUUAAUCCAAAUUUACCUGUUGUCUGCACCUCCAAGCAAAACAGUAACUGCUCUGUUCCGCAUACACUUGAACUUGCUCAAUGGACCUCUUCUGGCAUUUAUGUUUCCUGAAACAGCUUCACGGAAGAUUUUUGCAGAAGCUGCUUUAUACUGGAUACAGCAUGGGAUGAUGUGUAUAAUACCAUACUAUCUUCUAAGAAUUGGAGGUGUUUACAAUGUGGAACCAUUGAAAGACUUCAACUGGGCCAUUUUCAGCUACUGUCUCAACCUACUGUACCAUUUCAUUAUAUUGCAAGUCAUUGCUAUUCCUGCUCAAGUGAAUUUAAACCACAUGCUGUGUCCGGCGAUCCUGGACCCGUUCGAGGGUCCGUGGUACCGCGUGGCCGCCGUGCUGCACCAGGCGCUGCUCUGUCCGCUGCUGUGCAAGCUCUACUGCAUCAUCGCAGACUACUGCCUCACCAGGUUUCCCCCGACCAAAGUCAAACUACAAAUGAAAGACAAUUUGACAGACAAGAUUGUAGCUCUCAAAGAAAAACUAUUUGCGAACGAACACAAAGAUUAACUACACGUUUGAUUUUGCAAACGAUGUUAAUCGCUGUAGGAAAAAUAUUAUAUUAAUAAUGUUAUGGUAAUGAUUUUAAUGUGUAUGUAUAUUUCGGCAAAGAAUAUUUAAUGUCAAUUCAAUAUCUCUCCUUGCGGAAAUAAAUGUAUAAAAGUACCUACGUACCGAUCUCUAAUCACAGUCCGAUUGUAAAUUUCCCUUUCACGCGAUAGCUUCUCUCACAUUAAAUAUUAUAAUAAUCCGCAAUCACUCCAGUAAAGUGGAAACAUUCUUCUCUAAUCUAUAAAACUAAAAAACACAGAAAAUAAGGCUUACUUUACAAUCAAAUUAAAGUAUAAUAGCUUGAUAAAAUUAUAAGUACACAUAGGUAUUAUGAUAAUGAACAAUAUUAAUUAUUAGCGUCCAUUUGUUCAAGUGAUUAUAAAAUACGUUUAAGAAAAUUAUGAAUCGUAAGAACUGCCUAUAAAAUAUGUAUCUCAAACAUCCUAAAAGUAGAAAACCAUAGAGUCACAGAGUGUAGAGUAUGAAUGAUUGCUAAGCCUAGCUUGUGUGUAAUGCACCAGCAUAGAGGCCGACACAUAUAGUCUUCAGUUUAAAUUAAACUGCUAAUAUUUUGCGUGAGUAGUCUUUCUAAGUAUGAGGAUAGGAUGCUACCUGAUAAUUUACAUCGAUAUAGGUAAAGGUAUUUAUGUAUAGUACGGUAUUUAAGGAUAUCCUACCGGGUUGAUAGUUCAGAUGAAUUCUCAUCUAGGUAAAAAUAAUAUUGUAUCUGCUAUUCAUUUGAUAAAGAACGUCAAUUCUUAAAAUUAUCCACAUAUUUUAUGUAUUGGCCGCAUCUGAGAUCUCACCAAAGAUAGAAAUACAGAUGUACAACAACUAAGGAGAUAUCAUAUCCUAUCGUAACUGUGACAAUGGCAUUUAAAUGUACCUACAGAGGGCUAGGUGUAGGUUUUUCUUAACCGACCGAGCAGUGAAAAUCGACUUGAAUUUGUAUGGCGCGGAACUAGUGCAGCGCGUAUACCGCUAGGCGGCGACCCUCCCACGCAAUACAAAUUCAAAAUACUCGAACUUCCCAUGUAGUUAUUUGAUUUAUGAAAAUGUAAGUAACUAGUAGACUACCUUAUUUAAAAUAAGUAUAUUAUUUACUCAGACUUUUGUGACGAACGGUUGAUUUGGAAAAUAGGAAAUGACCGAAAAAGCUACAGGUCUUGGCCUAACCAACUUCUGGCUCUGCCAUAUUCAAAUCUCAGAGUUAUCCGCUGCCGCCGCCGUGGCGUGGGUUGCGGUAUCACGUACCUACUCAUGACAAUAGUGGGACCACAGUAGUCCGUGGUAGCAGAUAACUGCUGGUUGAAUUUGCCUUAAGGCUUAAGCGUAGAUGAACCUAUGAAGCUGUUCAUUCUUACAGCAUUUAAUAGUUAUUUGGUCCAUGUGAUGUGAUUAUGGAUGAUAAAUAAAUAAUUUUAUAACAAGGUAUAAUAUUUAUUACUAUAAGCUAUUCUUUUGUUAAUGGCUUAGCUGAUCUGUUAAUAAUUAUAGGCCUUUCUCAUUAAACAAAUUAA